UGGGCCCCCUAUAGAAGACGGGCCAAAUACUCUCAAAAUACUUGUCACCUCUGAUAACCAUCUUGGUUACAAGGAUGGUGAUGUGGUGCUUCAAGACGACUCAUUCGUAACAUUUAAAGAAAUUCUGAGCAAAUAA